CACUUUCUUCGCGCCAUCAAUAAUCAACAAAACCUGCUCAGUGCAGUAGGGAAAUCUAGAUUUUGAAUUUUAGUUCAGAGUCGGAGAGUAAAGAAAGAAAAUUUUGAACUGCAAUAGAAUACAGUUGUACGGUAUGAUACUUGCAGGCGGUCGAUUAGCUCAACGAUGAGUGACGAGCACGAUGAUACCAAUGAUAAUGACCAGACCAGAAAGAUAUGGACGGAUCUCGUCCGAUGGGUACAAGGAGAAGAACAGAAAGGCGGCUCGAUCGAUGGAAACAACGGCAGAGACACACAGAGAGAUUCUUCCAAUGGAGGAGGCUACGUUCACCCUUCGCUCACAUUGAAAGGCAAUGGCCCGUCGAGAGGGGUUGUGGCAACCACUCCGAUUCAAAAAGGAGAAACACUGAUACGGAUUCCAUCGGCACUAGUUCUAAGUGGGGAAGAUGACGGAAUUGCCAGUCCGUCGUCAACAACAACAACAACAACAACAGCAACAACAAUUGUAGCAUCGCCGUGGUUGAGAUGCGUUGGAGCAUUUCUGCGCGCGAAGCAGAAGAAGAAUAGUGCGAUCGAUUUCGAACCGUAUCUGAGGUCACUGCCCAUGUUUCAAGAGUACGAAACGCUUCAGCAAUGGUCGACCGAAGACGAUGUCAAACCUUUCUUAGCGGGAACCACACUUGGAAGUAUUUUGAUGAUCGACAGAGACAGCAAAGGCAUAGAAACGAGAUAUCGMCAAAGUGUCAAACCUUUUCUGCGUCAAAUUGCAGUGAUUGKUGGGGGACAAGAUUCUAAAGAGGGAAAAAAAGGCGAAAAUGCUUCAGACAAAACCAGUGAUGCCAUGUAUCAAUCUUUUUUGGAAGCUACCAUGUGCAUAUCGACGAGAGGAUUUCAUUUGCUACCUACCACGGACUCGGAWGAUGCAUCAAAAAGACUGGCACCCGACACAAGCCACAACAGUUAUGGUGGCCCAUUUUUACUGCCCGUCAUCGAUUUGCUCAACCACAAUCCCCAGAAGGCUUGUACGACGUUGCGGCGGUAUAAGGCCAACGAAGGCACGGGCAUCAUCAACAACAAMAASAACAACAAUUGCUUCAAAAUGAUAGCAGAGCGGAACGUCGMCGAGGGGGAAGAAAUUUUCCAUUCGUAUGGAACYGAUCUGACCUCGGCACAGCUCUUGCAAACCUUUGGGUUUGUUCCGCGUACGCAUUCCAGAAACUCGGUYGGCGAUGACACUAGCAAUGCCGACGCCAGGGCUCCAACAUCAUCYACGACACCGGUCGGUCUUCGAAAAAUGGACCACUUGAUCGCAGCUGCGAGAUGUGUAAAAACAUCACCGUUUCCAGAAUCACUGAUGCUUCGUAUCAAGCAGCUGCAAGGGCAAACAGAAUCGACAGAGGAAGAGGAAGAUGACGAGGACGAGGACGAUUUCUUUUGGGAGGUCCAAGACAUUCCCGAUCGUAUCGUAGCCGAAAAUACCAAGUCGGGAAAUGAUUUAACAUCCAUUGUAGCUGAUGAUGAAUUCUUGAUUUCGAUUUCUUCCAACAACGAUGAUUCAGCAAAUUGCAAACKGUUUCUGUUGACUGACGACAUUGUUACGCUACUAACUGCCCAAUUCUUGCCCGACGAUGCAUUCCUCGAAAUUUUCCCGGAAGGCAGCAACACCGUCCAUCUGGACCGAUCAAUUUUGAUKGAAGAUUAUUAUCUCGGAAUGCUGGUGUGCAAGACAUUGCUUGUUGCAAUUCGAUUGAAAACAAACGAGUAUUGUGGGGGUGAUGGCAGCAGUGAUACCACAAAGGAGUCGACAGGUGGCAUCAAGAAAGCAGUCUCCGGGUGUACGGCUACUGCUGUCGGCCGCUAUCUAUCCUCUACUUUACAGCAGGAAAAAUCGCGAGUCGAGGUUCUGCUCCGAGCCGACGAAAAUAGACGAGAACUCUAUGGUCGCACCAUACGCAUCGAAGAAAUGAAACAACUUUGUGCAUUAUGUGACGAGAUCGAAUGCCUAGUAUCGAAUCUAUCUCUUGCUGGCGUCGAACAUAAUGGUGAUGACACCGACGAGGGCAUAAAUGAGAAACAUCCCCGUUAUCGCGACUCCCAGAACCCUCUAACAUCCCCGCCGAACAAAAAAUCCAAGACGCUAUAACCUUGCAAUACAUUUUAAUAUUGCAAUGCAUCUACAGCAAGGCCGACUUAUUGUAAAAUAUUGGAAUUGAGGGCAGUUUACUAGUAAAGGAUAAUUCACGUCAAAAUUUUGCACACCUCGGCCCGUACAUAUAGAUCCACACUCUAUCUACGCGGAAUCAGUGACGCUGCUGAUUUUACAGRAUGAAAUAUCGCCACCACUUCGCAAAAGCUGCUCGAUAGAGCUUUCGUGUGCACCAAUCAAAAAACUCGUUUGCAAUUUGAUGCCGACCUAUUUAGUGGAARAAAAUCCUUGGAUUCUGUCUCAGCACAUAAAAUAUAAGGUCUGCA